UAUAUUUCAUAAAGUAGUCCAUGAGAAAUUUAAUUCAGAGUGAGUUGAUUACAUUUGCCACAUAAAAGAAGAUCAACAGCAUUGAAUUAUAGCAAAUUCAAAGGCAAUAUGAACAUGUACGAUUGCGACUUCAGGUUGUAUUUAUGCAGCAACUGCUAUCAUCGUUGUCUGUGGCAUGAACUCUCUCAGCAGGAACAUCGCUGCAAGCGUUGCCGAUUAUCUUACCGAGGAUGCAUCAUUUGUAAUCGACAAUUCGAACCACGCCAUAUGAAGGAUAUCUACUGCAAGCGCUGCGAAUUUCAUUUGGUCAAAAAGGUUUCAAAUACGCCGCCGCCAGAGUUGGAUCUUGAAUUAGAGCACGAGGUGAAGGACUCACCAGAUUCACCAGAGGAUCGUGGAAAUUGCGCUAUGUCACAACGCUGGAAGAAAAUUAUGGCGGCAAAUGGCUGCUACAGGGACUGAUUGAGAGCACAUUAAAUGAAAUUAUAUAUAAAAUACAAAUAUAUAUUGUUGAGCCUCGUUUAAGUAGAGCUCACUGUUGCAGUGUCCAAUCCCUCCUCUGCUUCAUUGGGCCACUUACAUGCUACCA